AUGGAAGCAGACAAUGAUACAGGAAUUUCAGAGUUUCUUCUUCUGGGAUUAUCAGAGGAACCAGAACUACAGCCCCUCCUAUUUGGGAUGUUCCUCUCCAUGUACCUGAUCACUGUCUUUGGAAACCUGCUCAUCAUUCUGGCUGUCAGGUCAGACCCCCACCUCCACACCCCCAUGUACUUCUUCCUCGCCAACCUGUCCUUUGUAGACAUCUGUUUCACCUCCACCACUGUCCCGAAGAUGCUGCUGAACAUACAGACUCAGGGCAAAGUCAUCACCUAUGCAGGCUGCAUCACACAGAUAUACUUUUUUCUACUUUUUGCAGACUGGGAUGACUUUCUCCUGGCUGUGAUGGCCUAUGACCGUUUUUUGGCUAUCUGUCACCCCUUGCGCUAUACAGUCAUCAUGGAUCCGUGGCUCUGUGGACUGCUGGUUCUGGUGUCGUGGAUCAUGAGUACCCUGAAUUCCUUAUUACAGAGCUUAAUGGUGUUGCGGCUGUCCUUCUGUGCAGAGGUGGAAAUCCCCCAUUUUUUCUGUGAACUCAAUCAGGUGGUUGGGCAUGCCUGUUCUGACACCUUUUUAAAUAACAUAGUGAUAUAUUUUGCAGCCGUGCUGCUGGGUGGGGCUCCCCUGACUGGUAUCAUAUACUCUUACUCUAAGAUAGUUUCCUCAAUACUUAGGAUCUCAGCAGCUCAGGGCAAAUAUAAAGCAUUUUCCACCUGUGCAUCUCACCUCUCAGUUGUCUCCUUAUUUUAUGGUACAAGCCUAGGAGUGUACCUGAGUUCUGCUGCUAAUCACAGCUCUUACAAAAGUGCAGUAGCCUCGGUGAUGUACACGGUGGUCACACCCAUGCUGAAUCCCUUCAUCUACAGCCUAAGGAACAGAGACAUAAAGAGGGCUCUGAGAAGAAUUACUGGGGUUCCAGUGAUAUAA